CUUUGGCAUCCAAGUAGUCAAUCACCAGACCCAAAUACUACAACCGACGGCAGCAGCUCCCCCGCUGCCCGCCAUGCUCACACGGGCUGCCUUCUCCUCUGGAGUGACCGUCCACAAGAUCAGCAAGACCAUCACCUUCUACUGCAAUGACCCUCCGACGACCUCUAGGCCAGCAGGGGUUGCUGCCGAGCAGCCCCGGCCGCUGCUGCUCCUUCUGCCCUGGCUGGGCUCGCGUCCGCAGGCCACAGCCAAGUACUGCGAUAUCUACUUCCGCACGGGCUUCGACGUGCUGAUGGUGGAGAGCGAGGUGUCCCAGUUCCUGUGGCCACGCUGGGGGCUGGAGUAUGGCGCACGCGUGCUGGACGUGUUGGAAAGCGAGCGCUUCUCCCACCGGCCCGUGCUCGUCCACGCCUUCUCCAUCGGCGGCUACACCUUUGGCCAGCUGAUGGUCCACAUAGCCCGUGACAGACAGCGUUACCAGGGCCUGUCGCAACGCAUAUGCGGGCACAUCUACGACAGCCUGGUCAUGGGCUCACUGGAGAGGAUGGCCACAGGUCUGGGCAAAAACGUUUUCCCUCGUUUUGAGGGCCUCGUGAAGCGCCUCAGCAUGCUCUACUUCCGCACAUUCAAGCAGCAGACGGUGGACUACUUCACCCACGCCAUCGACGUCUUCUGGAACAGUCCGGUGACGGCGCCCGCGCUCUUCUUCUACUGCGAGAACGAUUCGCUCUGCGACGCAGAGGGCAUGGAGGAAAUGAUCGCCUACUGGCAGAGCAGGGGCGUCACGGUGGAGAAGCGCAAGUGGGAGGAGUCCAUCCACGCAGCGCACCUGCGCGCACAUCCGCAGGAGUACCUCUCCAUCCUGGACAGCUUCCUGCAGAGCCUCAACGUGGUGCCGCUCAAGGCAAAAAUGUAAGGCAGACCUGCCGAGAGAGAGAGAGAAAGAGAGAAAAUAAAGAAUAGUUCACCGUCCCACAGACACGUCACCUUUGACCUUCAAAGGUAGAGGCGGACAUUCCAGUUCCAGAAAGUAAAAGUCCUGCCAUAUAUUCUUUCUACCUGUGCACUCACUAAUUACCUUAUCUACCUGGCUGCUAAUUAGGAUGUGCUGGUUUACUAAAUGGUUGGAUCAAAUAUUUUGCAAGACUUUUACUUUCUUAACCCGCAAUGUCCACCUCUGCUCAAAGGAAUGCUUGUGUUUGACAUGUUUACCAUUUAGGUUCUUUUUUUUUUUUACAGGAACUUGUUUUGUACAGCACAUCAGAUAUGGGUCACUUUGUGUCAUAUCAGAUAAGGUUGUUGUUGCAGAGUCUUGGAUUUUGUUCAGACCUUGUCUAUAUCAAAACUAAGGCCUGUAAUAUAUUUCUGUUUAAAUCCUAUGUAUGUAUUAUUUCCACCCCUUGAAAUGACUUCAGUUUUACAGCCUGAAAACCACAUUAUCUGGGAAGCAAUGUUAAACUAAGAUUUGAUUAAGGCUGUGUCCAUAUUUUACCUGCCCACAUAUAAUUGGCUUGAUUAAAAGGUGAAGGUUAAGUUUUGGGGUCAUUUUCAUUAAAAUGGUAUGUGGGGUGGCUUGAAGGCACAUGGAGAUCUAUGUGAAAGCAGUGUAUGGACAUUUGAUGUACAAAGUGCCAAUGUUAUAGUGCCAUAGAGAUAGAAAUAGUGUCAUAAUCAUUGUUUUAACUCAGGGAUGAGAAUGAAAUAUAUAGGUAUACAUAAAUGUAUAUAUAUAUAUUGUAUAGCUAUAUAAAUGUAUAUUGGUAUACAAUGUAACCAAGUAUGUGUAUUUAUCUAUGAAUGGAAUAUGGCACAUCAUUGGGACUUUGUACAUGAAAUGACUAUAAAAUGAGCUAUUUCCACAGAGACGUUCGUGUUCCUACUAGCUACCCCACAUACCAUUUUUAGUCUUAUGAAAAUGGCCCAAAAAUGCAAAGUGUUUCAUCCUUAAUAUCUUUAUGUGCAUUUGUUGCAGAGACCUCAAAUACUGGCCUAACAUUGAGAAAGUAAAAAAAAAGUCAGACAAAAUGCUGUUGGAUGCCUUGUGUGUACAACAAAGACCCUGAGCAUCACCAGUUUUGCACUUGUUGCAAAUCUAGGGCCUUAUACAGUAUAAACCAAUGGGCAUGCAGUACAUACGUAUAAUGUACUUGUAAUGGUCCAGUCAUACUGAGAACAGUCCAGUCUUCUAUCACCAAGUUUGGGCAGGCUAGGAAUAGUACUUUUUAGGAUAUUAAUGCCCAAACAUGGCCUCCAAGAUAAGGCAUUUUAGAGUGUAGAAACGAUAACAAAUCAAGGAUGAAAAAAACAAUGCAAUAUAUUUUACAGGUCUCAGUUUUUGGGCCUAAAUGUUAUGUAAGCAAAAUCUGGAUUCUGUCUGAUUUGACACGGAAUGAUGUUUGUAUGUUAUGUUUGUCCGGUCCACAAUUUUUCCCAACAUAGUUUUUAUAUGAUUAAAGCAGCGCAACUUUUACAUUUAUGUGAACACAUUCUAUGCAUUUACUGUAUAUAAGAGCACAUCCCAUAAACACUAACUGAUUACUGUUUCUCCCUAAGUCUGCUUUGAGUUUUGAGGAAUGUGCCAUGAAUGCAUGUGCCUCACUCCCACUACACCACAACCACUGUUAAGUGAUACUGCCUAUUCUUUUUCCAGUACACGCUUGAAAACUGGACAUGGCCUUGUCUGGCCCCCUGAUAUGACUUGACUAGCGUUGAAUUUUCAUUGUACUUACAUUUUGAUAGAGGUUAUUGAAAUAUACAAACGUAUUUAUAACUUAGAAGUACUGAGAUGAUUUUGUUACGAAAUGAAAAUAAA